AUGAUCGUCUCCGCAAUCGCCUCCUUGAAGGAAAGAGCAGGCUCUUCCCGCCAGGCUAUUAAGAAGUUUGUUCUUGAUAACUUUGCUGUGAAGGCUCCUAACUUUGACUCCUUGUUUAAUGCUACCUUGAGAAAGGGUGUGGAGAACGGUGACUUCUCCCAGCCAAAGGGCCCUUCGGGUCCUGUCAAGCUUGCCAAGAAGGAGUUGGCGCCAAAGACGUCUUCGUCCAAGGUUUCUAAACCAACCAAGACUAAGACGCCUACUAAGGCUGCUAAACCCGUGAAGGCCGAGCCAAAGAAGAAGACCACCAAGACUACCAAGGCUACCCCUGCUAAGAAGACUGCUUCCACAAAGAAAGCCACUUCCAAGGCUACCACCAAGGCCACCACCAAAACUUCCAAGUCCACUUCCAAGACCCCUAAGACUACCACCAAGGCUGCCACUACCAAGAAGGCUGCUAAGCCAUCCGCCAAAUCCACCACAGCAAAGUCUUCCAGUAAGGUGACCAAGCCUAAGACUAAGGCUGCUGCUAAACUUCCUACCAAGGCCGCUAAGGGCAAGACCACCAAGGCUGCUGCCAAACCAACUAAAACAUCCACCAAAACAUCCACCAAAACGUCUGCCAAGUCCGCUGCUAAGCCUGCCUCCAAGGCUAAGGCUGCUCCAAAGACCUCCAAGGCCGCCCCAAAGACUACCAAAGCUGCUUCCAGAGCUCCAAAACUGACGUCCAAGGCUCCUAGGUCCAGAGUGGUGGCUGCGGCUGCUUAA